AUGACAGCGGUAGAUCCCGUCACCAUAGUCAUCAAGGAAUGCCUUACACUUUCCACAGCCAUGCGGAAAUACUCUAAAUACACAUCUCAGACAUCUGGUGUUGCUGCAUUACUAAGUGGCGGUAGUGAAGUUUUUAGUAAUCAAGAUGUAUCACUAGCUCAUACUUUCAAUAAUCUCUCCACAACGAAAAAUAAUGAUCCUCUACUAUCAGGUUUCAUUCAACUUCGUCUUAUGUUGAAUAAAUUGAAAUCAUUAGAAGGAAUUGACUCUUUGACUCUAUUGCAACCAUUUCUUUUGAUCGUAAGCACAAGCUCCAUUUCCGGUUACAUCACCUCGUUAGCCUUAAACUCUCUACAGAAAUUCUUUACCUUACAAAUCAUUGAUGAAUCAUCAUUGAACUACAUCACUGCAUAUAGAGAAGUUGUGAACGCAUUGACACAUUGUAGAUUUGAAACAUCUGAACAAAUAUCCGAUGAUUCUGUAUUAUUGAAGGUUGUCCUCUUAUUGCAUGAUAUCACGAAUUCUCCCUACGGUGAUUUAUUAUCCGAUUCCAUCAUGUAUGAAAUGGUACAAACUAUUAUGUCCUUAGCCUGUAAUAAGAGAAGAUCGGAUGUGUUGAGGAACGCUGCUGAAAGUACCAUGAUAUCUAUCACUGUGAAAAUAUUCUCCAUCUUACAAGAUUUAGAACCCACUUAUUCUGCUCAAAAAUACAUCAAUGAUGAAGGUUACAGUAAAAACACUUUGAAAGACGAUGUCAUUGGUGUUGCUGCAGAGGAAACUAGAUCUGAAGGAUCGAACGAGUCUAUUGCAUCCGUUGAGGAAAAUACGGACACAGCAAUUGAUGGUGAAACAGACAACAGUACCGUACAGAACAUGAAUGAAGAUAAUGAGAAACCAAAGAUUGACGAAUUAAUUAAGGAAACUCACACCCCCGAAGAAAUACCGAUUGAAACAGCUGCACCUGAAGCAUCUGAAGAUAAAUAUGGUUUACCAAUUACUAAACAGUAUUUGAGCCUGUUACUUUCAUUGAUUGUCCCUGAGAACCAAGCUAAACAUACCAAUUCAACUAGAAUUUUUGGGUUACAAUUAAUAAAUACAAUCGUUGAAAUUGUAGGUGAUAAAAUUCCACUCCAUCCUCCGUUAUUUACGUUAAUAUCAGAUCCAAUUUUCAAAUGUCUUUUAUUCAUUAUUCAAAAUACAAAUAGACUCUCCCUAUUGCAAGCUACGCUACAACUAUUUACAAGUUUGGUGGUUAUCCUAGGUAAUCAUCUGCCCAUGCAAAUUGAACUAACAUUAUCUCGUAUAUUUACCAUAUUACUCGACGAUUCGUCAGGUACCAAUGAUUCAGAUGGGAAAUCUUCAAAUAAUUCCAAUGAUAAUGGAUCUCCCAGGAAGCCAGCUGCUAUCAAAGAAUUACUCAUCGAACAACUUUCCAUUCUUUGGACCAGAUCUCCUUCCUUCUUCACAUCCACAUUUAUUAACUAUGACUGUAAUCUGGAGAGAGCGGACAUUGCAGUCAACUUUAUUAAGGCAUUAACAAAAUUAUCUUUGCCUGAAGCGGCAAUUUCUACCACAGAUAGUGUCCCACCACUUUGUCUUGAAGGUUUAGUCUCUCUCGUAGAUGAUAUGUUUGAUCAUAUGGAAAAAGUUUCUAAAGAUGAUUAUUUAAAGAAUACAAACAGUAUUGAAAUUUUGAAACAAAGAGAGAGGAAAACAGAAUUUAUCAAAUGUGCUGAAUUAUUCAAUGAAAAACCGAAGAUUGGAAUUCCAGCGUUAAUAGAGAAAGGAUUUAUUAAAUCUAAUUCUGAUAAAGACAUUGCCGAAUUCUUAUUCGAGAACAAUACUCGUAUGAAUAAAAAAACUAUUGGGUUAUUGCUAUGUGAUCCAAAGAGAAUACCACUAUUGAAAUGUUUUAUCGAGCUAUUCGAUUUCAAAGACUUGAGAGUCGAUGAGGCCAUUAGAAUCUUAUUAACUAAAUUUAGGUUACCUGGUGAAUCACAACAGAUUGAAAGAAUCAUUGAGGCGUUUUCUACUCGCUAUGUCGAAAGUCAAAACUAUGAUCCUACUAAGUUGGUAGUGACAGAUUCAAAAACUGUUGCGGCUACCAAUGAAGACGGCACAAAUAAGGAAGAAGAUGCUGAAAAUGAAUUAGUUGACGAUUUAGCGUCUAUUCAACCUGAUUCAGAUUCUGUAUUUGUUUUGAGUUAUUCUAUUAUCAUGUUGAACACCGAUUUACAUAACCCUCAAGUGAAGGAUCAUAUGUCAUUUGCUGACUAUUCAGGCAACCUUAGAGGAUGCUGUAAUGAAAAAGAUUUCCCACAUUGGUAUCUAGAUAGAAUAUACUGUUCCAUUAGAGAUAAAGAAAUUGUUAUGCCAGAAGAACAUCAUGGUAACGAAAGGUGGUUUGAAGAUGCUUGGAACAAUUUGAUCUCCUCAACAACUGUAUUGACCGAAAUUCAACGAGAUUCUACAAACAUCAUAGACAAGCUAUCACCUGUUGAAUUAUUGCAUUUUGAUAAAGCCAUUUUCAAGCACGUCGGAAACUCCAUUGUUAGCACAUUGUUCAAGAUUUAUAAAGUUGCAUCUGAUGAUCAUAUCUCCAGUAGAAUGUUAACCAGUCUUGACAAAUGUUCAUCCAUCGCUGCCUUCCUUAACUUUAAGAAUUUAUACAACGAAAUCUUACGCCAUAUUGCCAAAUUUACAACUUUGCUCUCCAAGACUAGCAGUCCUAGUAAGAAUUCCACUGACAGUGAUAUGCUGCCUCUCGUUGAGAUUACUCUAGAAGAUAGUGGUGAUAAACUCCCAGUAAGUGGUAGUAUUAUUAGGUUGGGAAGAUCAUUCAAAGGUCAGUUAUGUACGGUGGUCUUAUUUAGAAUCAUUCAACGAAAUUCUGAAGUUGAUCUGAUUUCUCCUGAAUUAUGGAAUGAUAUCGUAAAAAUUAUAUUAAAUCUUUACGAGAACUUACUGCUAUCUCCAGACAUAUUCCAAGAUUUACAGGCUAGCUUGAAAAUAGGACCGUUACCAAAGCCAGCACCAGAAAUGUCAAUUACAAGAGGACAUGAGAGUAAAGGGCUAUUAUCCACUUUUGCAUCAUAUUUAAAGGGUGAUGAGGAACCAACAGAUGAGGAAAUUCAUUAUGCUAGGAAAGCCUUCGACUGUGUUAAAUCCAGUAAUAUUUCGUCAUCCAUAUUUGGAAAUGAAACAAAUAUAACCCCUAUGCUGAUAAAAUCUCUUUUAGAAGCAAUCAAAACCAAAAAAAGUGAAUCCAAUAAUAGAUAUUUUGAAUCGGAGUUACUAUUUUUAAUUGAAAUUUCUACUGCGCUCAUUGCAUUUUGUAAAGAUGAAGGCGAACUAGGUAGUGUAGUCCUACAAAAGAUUAUCUCUUUAUCACAGUUGGCUGGAUCCAAGAAAGGAACACACCGUAGGUUAUUAACGUAUAAACUUCUUCUAAUCUCAUUAUUAGAUGAACAACAGGAUAAUCUGCUGUCAUUGAUCAAUGAUGAAUUAUUAACUAAAAAGGAUCUUUAUAAUCAAAAGUACUUUGUUAGUGAACAAGGUAAGGAAAUUGUUAGAAGACUGUUAGCGCUUACCAAGAUUGAUAACUACAAGAAAUUAAUGUUAGAAGACGAAGGGUUUUGGAAAUUGUUGAGAAUGAUUGCAUCCUUCAAGGAGAACACAUUAAUGCUUUAUGAAUAUAUGGAAACAUCAAUAACCACAAGUUGUAAUUUUUUGACAAAUAAGAAUUUUAUGUGGGCUUUAGGUCUCUUGGAUGAGAUAUCAUCUAUUGGGUCCAUCGGGAGCCGUUGGGAACAGGAAUAUAACCGUUCAAUCAAGAGCGGUCAUGAGAUCGAUAAUGUUAACCCAUAUGAGUCAUUUGUGGAACUGUCACUUAAAUCAAUUAAAUUGACCUCAGAUUUGGUGGACAACAAUAAUGUGGAGAAGAUACCCCUUACAAAGACAGAAAUAUUUACGAUUAUCCAAGCGCUUGCUCAUCAAUGUGGAAAUCCUUGUGAAGAGAUUCGGUUGUACGCCUUAAAGGUUGUAGAAACUUUCCUCACUGAAAAAUUAAACUUACCUACAAAGGACAUCUUGGGUUUGGAGGAAUUGCUGGAGGGAGGAUUAUUACCAAUUUUAGAAUCUACUAAAGGAGCCCCAGGCAAUAAUGUAAAACUUUUGACAGGAUUAUUAGAUGUGAUAUCAAAGGUAUAUUUAUUUUACCUUAAGGAGGAAAUAACCACUAACGAAACUUUUCUUGAAGUUUUGAACAUUUUCAACAGAUACGUGGAAAUACCUGAGAUAGAGAAACAGUUACAACAAUUGAUCAUAAGCAAGAAAGAAAUUGAGAAGGACUUCAACAAAUCAGUCAGUCCACAGGAAAGCGUUCACGAAAAUAUUGAAUCUGACACCAACAUUUCUGAACCACAAGAGAACCCUUUAACUGAAUCAUAG